AUGGGGAAGUCUCGCUUUCACUGGCUCUGCUUCCCUUUUCUAAAAGUGACCACCAGUUUUCGGAGGUGCCCUCUUUCCAAAAGGAGUUUGAUCAUUGCGAGCGUGUGUGUUGUCUAUUUGUUGGUGGUUUCACAAGUUGGAUUCUCACAGCAGCACCGGGGCAGGAGGACAGAUAGAGACAAGUACCGACACACCCGUGGAUUGUACAAUUUGGAUGAUACGCUCCCGGAGUUACAGACAGAGGCGAGCUCUGUGGUCCCGACACGGUACAACGUGGUGUACAUAACGCUAAAGUCCAGACGCCUGAAACCAGCUCAUAUACGGGGCACAAUCAGGCCAAAGCUGAGGAGAAAAGUGAGAGGGAAUAAGGAAGCAAACUCAGCUUUUACGCAUAACAAACUUGGGACUUUGGAGCGGGACACUGGUCAAAGUAAGGGCAACUUUGCGCCCAAGGGUUCCUCAGGAGAAACCGGGGAUGUCUUUUAUAAAUCUUUGGAUAUAAUCCACACUUCUCAUACAGAUUCAAAUGCAGACUCUCACAUUAGUUCAAUCCGAAUUUACAGCCAGAGAGCGCCGCCAUGGCUGAGCCCACAGGACGUGAGAGCCAUGCGCUUUCUUGCGGACGCCAAAGUUUUGCGCGUCAAAGAAGUUUCGCAUGGAGACGCUCCGUCGCUUCUGAUAUUUGAAGGCGAGACAAACGCUUCAGUGAGCAACCAAAAACACACACAACGGAAUAAUGUGUGUUCAGGCCAGUGUGGGGUGAUAAACAGCCCCGUGGACACCACUGAGGUCUUUGCUUUCCAUCUGGACAGGGUGCUGGGGCUCAAUAGGACAUUACCAGCUGUAAGCAGAAAGUUCAGCUUUUUACACGAUGGACAGUCCUGUCCAGUGGUGUCAUUGGAUGCAUCCCUUUACCCAGAGGGCCUUGCUGCAGGCUUGUCCAAUGUGAGGUUAACAUGGGGGGAGUACCAGAGCUCCCUGAAACAGAGGUGUUGGCAUAAAAACAUCAGCCCAAAGCCUAACUCUGGCUGCUCCACGGUUCAUCACUAUGAGUGGAGUAAACUGGCUCUGUUUGACUUCUUGUUACAGAUUCACAACCGUCUGGAUCAGAGCUGCUGUGGGUUCAGGCCCAGGCUGGAGGAUGUGUGUGUGGAGCUCGGCCUCAAAGCUGAAUGUCGAGACCAAAACCACAUACGACUGACCAACAUCAUCCACAGGGGUCACGACCCCAGACACCUGGUCUUCACCAGCAACAAGGGGUUCUUCGACCGCAAUGAGGACAACCUGGACUUCAAGCUCCUGGAAGGAAUCAAAGAGCUCCCAGAGCAGGCUGUGUCGGUGCUGAGGAGCAGGAGGCUGAGGGAGAAGUUGCUCCAGUCUCUGUUCCUGGACCAGACAUACUGGGAGAGCCAGGGGGGCCGGCAGGGCAUCGACAAGCUGAUCGAUGUCAUCGAGAGACGGGCCAAGGUCCUCCUCACCUACAUUAACGCUCAUGGGAUCAAAGUCAUCACAAUGAAUGCGUGAUGAGUGUCAUGCCAGUCAACUGGCCAAGCAGAUGAGACAUGGAUAAAGUUAAUUAACAGAUAUAUCUUCCCUUAGUCUUUACAAAUGAUUUUUUUUUACAAGACCCUGCACAUUCAUCCAGUUACAUUUUUUUAAGUGUCUCUGAAAAAAAGAAAUCAGCUAAUGUCUAAAAAUGUCAUUUGUGCCAACUAUUUACCAUGAACCUAUUUCACAAGAGCAUAAUGGUGUCAAGUAAAACUGGCCCUAAUCAUCAGGACCAUAUUUACUGUGAAAUAUUGAAAAAAAGAUGAAUGAGUAACUAUAGAUUAUUUCUUUAUAUUAUAUAUAUUUGUUAAUAAAGAAAAUGCUUACUACAAUCUAAAAAAAAUAGCUCAAGUUGCUAUAAAGAACCUUGUAAUAGAGAGCCAUUCAAGUCAUUUAAGGUGAAGGAAACGUGUCCUUUGGAUAAUACUGAGAGAAGCUGUCAUUUAAAUAACUCUGACAUUUAAAAUGAGCCGAACUUUUAAUUAAGAAAAGCUACUGCCCUCUGAAUACACUGCCAUCAUUAUGUAGACAAUGAACUGCAGUUACAUUUGUUGAGUUAACAUUUGCUCCUCUGGAGGCCUUGCAGCAAGUGUAAUUUGCAUUGUGUAUGAACAUAAUCCACUAAAUGACAUGCUAUUUUAUUCUCCGCUUCUCAAGUGUAAUGUAAGAGUUAGUUAACUCAGAUCUACUUUACUUGAUUGAGGUCACACAUUACACACUGAAAAAAAUAUGUUUCCAUUCUGAUGAGUUAUAUAAUCUUGUGUACAGUCUUAAAUUAUCUUUUUUUUCUUUACAAAACUCCCAAUAAGCCUAUGAAAGUAUUUUAUAGACACUAAACAAUAUGACUUAUUUCCACAAACACUGUAAAAAGGAAACAACUUGCCAGAGUGACUGAACUUUAUAAACUGAAGAACUUUAAGAUGAGAAGUCAGAUGGUGUUACUCUCUUUUAUAUGCACUCAUAUUUUCAAUUUAACAGAAACACCUUUCAGCUGGAAUCAUUUUCACUGUAUUAAUUUAUUUUUGUACUUUUUUGUUGAAUUAAUGAAGAUGUCAGCAUCAGAUGGUCAAUGAAAGCAUUUUUGUGUUCAAUAUUUCAACUUUCAACUUUGAUUAAUAAAAUCCUUUAUGAAAGAAAUAAGUCCAGUC